CCUGCAGAGCCGUCCUCCAGCGCGGCCAUCGCCUUGCCCGGCCCGGCGCCUCUGUCGCUGUUUUUGACCAACAUCAAGCUCCUAGAUCUUGACCAGCUCCCCGACUGGCCUGAGAUCACAGCCGAGACAUUUGCCGCCUCCGGCACCACCUUGCAGGACCAGAAGAGGCGAGUACAGUGCGUAGAAUGGGCCUUGUAUCAGCUGUUUGUCAUCUGGGAUCCCGACGAGGCAGCGAAUCAAGCCAAGAAAAAUGGCGACCUCGGCAGGGACACCAUCAUUCGCAAGACGAUGCUGGAUGAGUGCAAGGGCGAGAGGCUGGAGGAAGUCCUGGCCUUUUUUUCCACCGCCGUCCUGAAAAAGGUCGUUUCUGAAAGCCUUGCCGCCAGUCACAGCUAUGUGACGCCCGUCGUUGAGCUCGCCUUUGAGAACAAGGGCUACAAGACUCGCUUCCAGGGAUUCGCCAGAGUUCUCGACGACAAGGAAGAUGAGAUUAUCCGUAGACGAGAGGCUCUUGAGUACAAGGAGAUGGACGGCGGCGGCCAGACCGUCUCUGACAACGCCAGAGCAGAGAUGCGACGGACUGUGCGCCACAACUGGUCGGGCAGCGACGCCUGGAUGGAAGCUCUCUUGUGCGGAGAUGCAAAGCAUGGCGGCCUGCUGGCUACCAAGUUUGACAGAGUCUGGAGACGAGCCCAGCAGGGCCGGCUCGACGAGCUCGACACGGAUGAUGUUGGCCUUUUGGAGCAGCUGGACAGCAGGGUCAAGAUGCAGAGGGACAGGCUCCGCAAGUGGGAUGCUUUUCGCAGAAGCACCUUUGGCGAGACGAGGGCCACGCCGACCAAGCCCAGGGCAUCUGCUGCCAAGGCAAAGGGCAUCGACCUCGGCUUCUCUGCUCACCUGGACUUGCAUACCGGUAGGAGAGUCAAGCCGACCAGAGCUGCACUGUUCCAGCACGCGCCCCAGAUGACGGACGAUUACGCCGCGCUGGUCUCGGAUCUGAAAUACGAACUGGGAAAGAUC